AUGAUGUGUAUAGAUCGGAUUUUAUCAUUUUUAGUUUUAUUUUUAACAAAUGCGGAUUUAAUCUCAUGUGAAUUCAACUCGCUUGGAUCUAAUUUACUUAGUCAUAAUUAUAGUGAUACUAAACUGGAAUUACAGCAUAAAUUACAACAGAAUGAUGCAUUAAUACGACAGAAGAAGAAUUUUUUCAAAGUGAACGUUUUAGCUGACAAUUUAGCAUCUUUUGGUACUUUUAAUAAACAUUAUAAAUUUUCUUAUUUAAAUGAUAUGCAACCAGAGAAUAUUGAUAAUACUAAACAUCCACUACUAUCUGAUCCAUUAUUUGAUCCUACAAUUCUUACAGAUUCUGCUGCACGUGUUAUCCAAUCGAAUCGAUGUACUACUGAAGAACGUCAGAAAAGAAUACAGUGUUUUGAUGUGCUGCCAGCAGAACAAUAUGCUAUACCACUAGGGCAUACAGUAAAUAUGCAAUGUGUUGUUCUUAAUCAACACGGGAAAGUUCAAUGGCGUGCAAAGAAAAUACUUCUCGGUUACGACCGAUCUAUUCCAGGUUAUUCUAGAUUCAGAAUAAUUGGUGACGUUGGACGAGGAGAGCAUACACUACAAAUAAUAGAUGUUCAACGUGAUGAUGCUGGAGAAUAUGAGUGUCAAGUUACUCCAGUACCAGUUAAUAAUCAUCCCUUGUUAAGAAGAAAAACAUAUCUUGAAGUUCUCAUUAAACCGAAUGAGCCUCAAAUUCUCUAUCAGAAUGUUCAGUUGCCAGACAAGAAAUUGAUACUAUCACAACCUGAUCCAAUUGCCCGUAUCACUUUGGUUGUAUUGCUGCUGGUGGACGACCAGCACCUAGUUUCAAGUGGUUACUUAAUCGUCAUGAGAUUCCAAAUUUAG